AUGUACGCCCACGCGCCCGCCACAACAGAGGCGGGGAUGCGGGCUGCUUACUCCAGCGUUUCCCGCGAGCUGCGGCCCACCGCAUCGUGGCCGUCCCGCUCGACCAGUACCAGAAGCACGGCGCCACCGGCUACCUCUCCUCGCUCGCCUCUGGUACUCACCACCAGCACCACCGCCACCGCCAGCCGGGCGUCACCGAGUCGGAUCUUUGCGAGUGGCGACGAUGACGACGACUACAACUCGCGCAGCAUCGAGGAGGGCGACACCCUGGCGUCGCAGGUCGGCGGCGCGUUCUACUACGGCGCCUCGCACUGA